AAUAAUAUAGUCAUCAAGUAAAAUACACACCUCUAUAAAGCCCACACGUUCCAAAAACUCAAUCCAUAAUAAUGGAAGAUCAAGAACACUUAGAAGCCAUAAUCAUGUCAGCUCUUUCUACGUUAACCCCUUUGCAACUCACAAAUCUAACUCACUAUUCCUCCUCCAUCUACCACCGCUACCACCGCCAUAUUUUCUCUCUCCUCUCUUCUCCCACCCUUUUCUCUCUCACUCUCCACCACCUCAACUCCCUCUCUCUCCACCAUAAAUUCGUCCUCAUCGCCCGUCACCUCUUGUCAAGACUCGCAAUUUUGGUAUACUUCAUGCAGCAAAAGACAAUUUUGCCCCCACCCUCGAUCACCACCAUGAAUCUCCGUGACUUAGGCGCAGUUCUCCUCCUCCUACUCCUCUGUGAAUUGCGCCAACACGAACCUGGGGCACUUGAUGCCCCACCAUCGCGUUGGCGCGAUAUCCUAUGUGACUAUGUAGCCAAGGACAUGUUGAAACUAUCUAGCAUUGAAAGUUCUAAAAGUGAAGUCAUAAUCAAGUUCGUUGAGCUAGUCGCGAAGUGCAAAAAUUUUGUCAAUGUUAUGGCCUAUGAUGUUGGUGAAUUCGAGCGGAGCUCCAGAAUUCUUGACUCUGCCACUGGUGGUGAAGGAAAAGAUAGCAAGAACUUAGCGGCAUCUGUGGCGGUGGUGGUGGCGCUGCCAUCAGUGGAAGUGAUGGGUGGCAGUGAAAGGGAAUGUGUGAUAUGCAAAGAAGAGAUGAGAGAAGGCAGAGAUGUUUGCAAAUUACCAUGUGAUCAUAUUUUUCAUUGGAAAUGUAUACUACCUUGGUUGAAGAAGAUGAAUACUUGUCCAUGUUGCCGGUUUCAGCUGCCGUCCGAUGAUGUUUUGGCUGAAAUUCAACGGUUUUGGGAAAUGCUAGCCAAGAUGAGUGGUGCUACGUAGCUUGUACAUGCAUAGCCAGAAGAUUAAAUUAAUUAGUGGAUGAAAUUAUAAUAGCAAUCUUUUUCAGCAAAAAAAAUAAAAAAAAAUUCAGCCUCGCUAGCUAAUAUAUCCAAAAAAUAUCUAUACAGAAACACAGGUAAUAGUUCCAAGUGGAGUACUCUUAUAGUCUUAUCCUUUUAGAACAGGUGGAAAAUGUAAAUAUACACGUAGACAUAUUCGUUUUUUCAUGAGUAAUGGGACCAUUGGAAGUUAAUGUGAGACUGGGUUCAAUUAUUCGACCCUGAAAUUCUUUUAUUGUGUAAUAUAUAGUAUGCAGUCUGUUUGUUA